GUAUUUAUACUUAAAAUUUACCACGACCACGAGGAUAGUGAUGACAUAGUCCCCCGACAAAUGCAUUGAAAGCCUUAACCUACACAAUCUUGCGGCAGAAACCUCCCCUCCACCAUCUCUCUUCUCCGCCCUCUCUCUCUUUCUCUCUCUCUCUGCAGUAAAAACUCAGGAGAAACGAAUCCAUCUCUCUCUAUCUCUGUUGUUUUUAAUUAUUUGAUUUUUUAUUUACUGUCUCGAAUUCACACAGACAAAACUCCAGCCAAGAAACGUGUGUAUUAUAUACCCCACAACUAUUUAUGCCUACAAGUCGACACAGCCCAGAAAAAGGUCAUUCAUUUUUGUACAUUUCGUAAUUUUAUUUCCCCUAUUUUACUGUUUUCUUCCUCCGUUUUCAGGGUUUUUCGUAUCACAGUGCACCCACGCACACACACAUUCAUUUUCUUGCCUAGCCUUUGAGCCACCACCCAAAAUUCUCUCACUCCACCAAUCCCCCUACUCGUGUGUAUAUGCGGAUACAGCCAUGUCUAGUUUGUACCCUCAGAAUUUGAACUUCUCCCCGGCCAGGAACAUCCCUUCUCCACAUCUGAGGCCCAACCCCGAUGCCGAGGGCCAAUAUUUGACGGAGAUGCUGGCGGAGAGGCAGAAACUGGGGCCUUUCAUGCAAGUGCUCCCUAUUUGUAGCCGCCUCUUGGAUCAAGAAAUACUCAGAGUUUCUGGAAGAAUGUCCAACCAUGGAUUUAAUGAUUAUGACAGACUACAACGUGGUAGUCCUAAUCCAGUGCCUUCUCUGGAAGUGAUGCCUGAUGUUGGUGGAAAAGGUUUGGGUAGCUGGAAUGGAAAUGGCUGGAACAGCAUGCAACAUGAGCAGAGGUUAGGAGGUCCACAGGGUAUGACCAUAGACUGGAAACCACCUGGAAGUCCAAGUUCGUUCCUAGUAAAGCGGGUGUUACGCUUGGACAUACCAGUUGAUAGAUAUCCAAAUUUCAAUUUUGUGGGAAGACUUUUAGGUCCACGGGGCAAUUCCUUGAAGCGUGUGGAAGCUUCUACUGGCUGCCGUGUCUUCAUCAGGGGGAAAGGUUCAAUAAAGGAUGCUGACAAGGAGGAGAGUUUGAGGGGAAAACCAGGUUACGAACACUUGAAUGAACCAUUGCAUAUUUUAAUUGAGGCAGAAGCGGCCGAAGUACCUGCUAGUAUUGUUGAUGCAAGACUGAAACAAGCUAAGGACAUCAUUGAAGAACUGCUCAAACCUGUGGAUGAGUCCCAAGACAUAUACAAGAGACAACAGCUUAGAGAACUAGCGAUACUUAACAAUAUCAAAGAAGAGAGCCCUCAACCAAGGGGGAGCGUGUCUCCCUUCAGUUCCAGCGGCUUAAAACGUCCCAAAACCAGUUGGUAACGAACAUCUCAUCUCAUCUUCACUACUGGUCUAGGGGUUGGUUCCUUGAGAAGAAGCUGUGAAUGUUCUAAUGCCAUAUCAUAGUCGAAGAAGAUGCAUCUCCGAUCCAGAUGUUGGCCAUCAAAAGACUAGGCUCACCAACGUGGGCCAUGAAGUUCAAACGCGAAAACAGACAACAUGGUUGUGAUGUGAGAACGAAGAUCGGGGAAUGGAUUGCUUUACUACUGCUUUGUCGAUAUAGGUCUUAUUAGGGAGUCUUGUAUGAUAAUUUAUUGGAUUUAUUUGUUUUUUUUAACUAGUUUCGGCCUUUUGUUUUUUGUUUUGGUUGGUAGAAGAUGCAUUUUGAACCGUUGUGGUGCAAUUUUCUCAGCCUAUUAUAGGGUUUUGAGUAUGUUUUUGGAACCUUGAAACUUUUUCUUUAUGACAUCUUCCAACAUUCAUAAUAAUGAUGUUGAUAUGGUUCGUUGCCUUAUUA